GGUGGUUCUCUUAGGGCUCCGCCCUCGGCGCCAUCUGUAUUGUCCAUAAAGGCCUUCACCAGAAUGAUCCGUUCAGUGUUUGUCUUUAACAUGAAUUGUGAAUUCCCAUGCAGCAGUCAAGCUGGGGAUAUCUCUGUCUAAGUGCUGAUAUUGCAAAACACCGAAAUAUCUAAACAUGGCCGGCUUUUUGUUUAAAACAUAUUCGGUUUGCAUACAACUCGCGGUGCUUUUUUGCCUCCUGGAUUUAAAUGGAUGUCAUUUAGUAUAUUCCGUUUCGGAGGAAGUGAACAAGGAAACUGUUGUUGGGAAUAUAACAAAGGAUCUCAAUCUCAAUAUUCAGGAACUGGGAUCACGUAUGUUCCAGGUCGUGUCGGGAAUUCAUAAGAAAUAUUUUGAGGUAAAUACCAAAACCGGUCUAUUAAUUGUGAAUGAUAGAAUCGACAGAGAAGAGCUGUGUCUUGAUGCUUUGAAAUGUUCCCUCAGUUUAGAAGCUAUUGCGCACAAUCCGCUAAACCUUUAUCGUGUCGAAAUAAAUAUUAUAGAUGUGAACGACAAUGCGCCUAUAUUUCCUGCAGAAACCCAUAUCUUAAAUAUUACUGAGAAUGCCUUUCCCGGUGAAAAAUUUCCACUUAUAAUGGCGGCCGACGCAGAUGUGGGGAAUAAUGCGAUAAAGAUUUAUAAGCUCAGUCCAAAUGAAUACUUUGUACUCGAUACGCAGAGCGACGGCGAGCAAAGUGCAUUUGCUGAAAUUGUGCUUCAAAAAGCUUUAGAUCGAGAGAAGCAGCCUGUGAUUCGGCUUCUGCUGACUGCUGUCGAUGGAGGAAAGCCUCCCAAAUCCGGGACAUUACAGAUCAUUGUUAAUGUUUUGGAUAUCAAUGACAACAAUCCGGUGUUUUCUAAAACGCUUUACAAGGUUGCAGUUUUAGAAAAUGUUCCAUAUGGCACAACGAUAGUUACUCUAAAUGCAACGGAUUUAGAUGACGGAAUUAAUAGUGAAAUUGUGUAUUCAUUUCUAGAACAUGGGAAAUUAAAGGCAUCCGACAAAUUUAUAGUUAAUCCGGACACUGGGGCUGUUAUGGUUAAGGGAAAUAUUGACUACGAAGAAAAUUCUGCGUUAGAAAUACGGGUUCAAGCUAAAGAUAAAGGUCUUUCACCUCGGAGUACUCACAGCAAACUCCUAAUUGAAGUAAUAGACGUGAAUGAUAACGCUCCAGAAAUUUUAGUCACGUCACUGACAAGCAUUAUAAGAGAGGAUGCGAAAGUCGGAACAGCUGUUGCUCUAAUUACGGUAUCGGACAGAGAUGGGGGUAAAAAUGGAAUAGUGACUUGCUAUAUUGCAGAAUCCCUUCCAUUUAAGCUGCAGUCCUCCUACAAGAGCUACUACUCUUUGUUAGUUGAUGAACUCCUGGACAGAGAGAGCAAUUCUGAGUACAAUGUCACUAUUACGGCAACUGAUGAGGGGAUCCCCCCUCUCUCGAGUACCAGUGUUAUUACAGUGCAUAUUUCUGACGUGAAUGACAACGCGCCGCGAUUUCCCGGUUCUCAAAUUGACAUUUAUGUAAAAGAGAACAGCCCGGUUGGGUCGCUUAUUGAAACCGUUUCUGCGUAUGAUGCGGAUACAAGCGAAAAUGCGCGGGUUACAUAUUUAUUGCUGGACGUCAACAAGAAAGCAGCCCCUGUCUCCACCAUGAUAAACAUAAACUCUGCGACUGGAGAUAUAUACAGCUUGCAGGCUUUUAACUAUGAGGAAGAAAAAACUUUCCAGUUUCAAGUUCUGGCGACAGACUCUGGUGUCCCUCCACUAAGCAGCAACGUGAUUGUAAACGUUUUCAUCCUGGAUGAGAAUGACAACAGCCCUGGGAUUCUUCCACCCUAUUCUGACCAGGGCUCCGUUCACACCGAAAGCAUUCCCUACUCUGCGGAAGCGGGUUACUUUGUGGCUAAGAUCAGGGUUGUGGAUGCGGAUUCUGGAUAUAAUGCUCUGCUUUCGUAUCACAUCUCCGAACCCAAAGGAACCAAUCUCUUC